AUGCCUCUCCAUCUCCUAGGCAAGAAGUCCUGGAACGUCUACAACACAGCCAACAUCGAGAAGGUCAAACGCGAUGAGGCCGCCGCUGCCGCCCUCGAAGCCGCCGAGGAGGAGCGCAUGCAAGCCGUCGACGCCGCACGGCGCAUGGCCAUCCUCCGCGGCGAGGUCCCCACGCCCUUAGCCAUUGCAGACGGCCCCAGCCCCUCCGACCCACACCAGCACCCAGGGAAACGAGAUGGCGAACGGGGAGGGGCCGGGAGGGAGCGCAGGAAGCGCAAGAGAGCGGGCGAAGACGACACGGGCUUUGAGAUGCGCGUGGCGCUGGAAGAGCGGGAGGCGCUGGCCGCGGUCGGGAAACAGCUCGUGCUGAGGAAGGAGACGGAGGCGCCGUUGGUGGAUCCGCGGGGGCACAUUGAUCUCUUCCCUCGGCCGAAAGCGGCGCCGACGAGGGCUGCGGAGAAGAAUGCUGAGGCGGAACAGGAGACGGCUCGGAAGCGAAAGGAGUACGAAGAUCAGUAUACCAUGAGAUUCAGCAAUGCGGCGGGGCUCAAACAGGGACUGGAGAACCCGUGGUAUUCGAAGACGGGGAGGGGAGGCAUCGAGGAGGAAGCGGUCGGUAAGGACGUCUGGGGUAAUGCGGAUCCGAGGCGGAAAGAGAGGGAGAGUCAGAGGAUUGUGGAUAACGAUCCUCUGGCCAUGAUGAAGGCUGGAGCGAGGCAGGCGAGAGAAGUCAAGAAGGAGAGGGAGAAGUGGAGAGAAGAGAGAGAAAGAGAAGUCCGGGAACUUGAGGAUGCAGAAAGGCGGAAGAGGAGCAAGCGAAGGUAUGAGGAUUCCGAGGAUGAGCUAGAAGGCUUCCGUCUUGAUCGGAGAGAAGAGAGAUCUUCGAAACGACAUGCACGACGCGACAGACAGGGCGAGAGGGAGAGGGAGAGAAGACACAGACACCGAGAGGCUGGGCGAGGCUCCCAUCGAGAAAGGAGAGACUCUACGCGAAGCCCUCACCGAAACAGGGAGGAAGGGAGUGGUAAACAUCGCCAUCGGUCCAGACAUCACGAUUAG